AUGGCUUACAUAAUGCCCAACUGCCCCUCACUGCUCGGGGACCUGAUGAGGAGCUGCUGGAGCUUCCCCCCCGACGUGCGUCCGCGGUUCAGGGAGUGUCUGGCGGUCCUCCUGGGGCUGCAGCGCUCACUCCCCCGCCCGGUUACCACCUUAACCCCACCCUCACCCUCCCGUGCCCCACCCUCACCCACCAUCGCCGUCCACAACGCUAACUACAUCAGCGAUACCGCCUUGCUCGGAUUGGAUAACCUGGCAUACUCCAGUGAAGUGGAGGCGUCCGCUCCCACAUCCUCAGGGGCAGCAGCUGCGGGAGAACGAGAAGAUGAUCAAAUUCCUACCGUCGCCUCCUGCAAUGCAAGCCAUUCUGGUGCCAGCACCCUGUCUUUCCACGACCUCGCCAGGGGUGAAACAUCCAGCUGCCCGUUGGUGGAGGUAAACGACCUGUACCCGAAAGGUACAGACUAUGGGGCUCUAGCGGGGUCCUCCGACGUUUCUACCGACGUUUCCAUGAUAAGCAACACGUCCACUUUGUUUCCAUCAUCAUCUUCCACAUUACUGCGCCCGUCUAGAAGACAGUCUACACCUGCCAACCCAACUGGCGACUUCAACUCCACAGUCGAUUUCAGCCUUGAGGUCAACUCGGACUCGACACUUCAAGCUGACGACAACUCCCCUUCUCCCUUUUUACUUUCACUCCUUAAUAAAUUCCCUCAACACCCCCAAACAUCCCACAGUGCAUUUCAGCGCUCACUUAGCCUUAGGGUUCCUAGGACGUCAUCUCCUACAUCUCAUCCUUCCUCCACCAGCGUCGCCUUUACAUUCCACCUCCCCACUCAUUCUUUGACCGAGCAUUACGCCCGCCCGACCAGCGCCAAGCUUCCUCCGUUGUCCAUCAGCCCACCCACCUCUCCAUUUUGCUACGAUUUUUACUCCCCAGUUAGGCCUCAGUUACACAAGUUCGAUUUCCCUAAAUCAGAAGUUGUCCCUAAAAUUGAAACGAAAAAGAAAGCAAAAUCCCGAAGCAUUAGUCUUCUCACAACUUCAGACGUUGGCAACAUUAACGGUCAUUGUUCGCUAGAGAAUUUAAAUGUUCAUGAAUCUCAGCACCCGUACGUCAAUCAGAAUGUUGUCAUUGAGACCUCUACUUACACACCACCACUCAGUGAGCACUCACCACCCAGUAGCCGAUCACCCCCACCAUCCAUUGACCACUCUACGCCAGAAAACAGCUUUCAUUUCCUUACUCAGCUCAAGACACCGCAAAAAAGUUCAAGUCUAGAAAUCUUGGGGAAUAACGACGGUUCCUACGUAGACAUGUCCCCUGGUCACAGGUCAGCCAUCAACCGUCGUUUGGGUGUUGGGGUGAACGAAGACAGCGCCAGGGAAGCCCUCUGCAGGAGUGAGGGCUUCCUGGAUCAACUGGACUAUCACUGCAUGACGUCACCGUCCAGUACAAUCAGUGGGUUGUCAGGGCUGAGUGGACUCAGUGGUCUCAGUGGUGACACGUCUACUCUGUACCUCAAUUUCUCGCCCUCCCAGUCCACUUGUUGAACCAUUUCCGAAUUUUUCAAGCAGCAGUGCCUCUCUUCUGGAGCAAUGCAGUAAUUUUUGGGCAUUAGACUGUUGACACCAAAAGUAUUUUCAUGUUAUCACACAAGGAUUACUCCACUAGGCUAUUCCAUAAGGACCUGAUUAGUUUUACUAUUGAAUAUAGCUCUCCUGGUGCUGUUAUCUCAGGACCUCCAUCGUGUUUUCAUGUUAUGCCACCAGGGCCAAGUCCAAACUUUUAUUUAUUUUGGACUGAAAGCUUCAAUUGUGUUUAACCGUUGUAAGAUGGCAUGAAACCUAUUGAAUCAUUUAAAAUACUAUCUUAUUGUUGCCGCUUUCUUUAUUGUUAUCGUCAGCAGAACAAUGCUAUCAGUAAGAUUAGCAUUAUGACCGUCAUGUGGUUGGUCAUAAUAAAAUAACGACUGCCUAAUAGUAAGAAUAAUAUUAUGAAAACAUUAAUAGAAGUACAGUGCCACGAUGAACCUCGGCUAAGAUUUUGACGGCAUUUACGUAGGAAUAUCACUACAAUAAAGCUCGGGUAGGAAUAGGCAUUACCGCUAAGAGUUAAGCAGAGAGCAAUCGUUGUCAUGCACACGCUGAAGUCUUAACCGAGUUAUUUGGUCGUUUGUGUCGACAUUAUGAAGACUGUAUUCUAUAUACUUAUUUAUAGAGUUAAACUAUGUAACAAAGCAGAUAUAUAAGUUAUGUACAGUUAGAAAAGCAUCACAAAGUACAGACGUUAGUUUAAUA